UGGGCGCUAGCUUUAGAAUAGUUUGAUUGUUUUUCUGAUUAAAGUUUUAUGAAUCAAGUCUUUCGCACUGUUUUCUUUAUAGUACAGUGUUAGUGUGUGUGAUCGUAUUCGGAAAAAGUCGCGACAAAUUCGAGUCAAGGAUCCGAUUGUGUUGAUUUCAAUUGAAUAACUAUCUCGAUAGUUAACCACAUAGUUAAACGCAAUAAACGCUAAAACUGGAGAGCCCUUACGCAACCUUUGUGACGAUAUCUCCCGAACUGAAGGAGUUCUUGCGCGAAUUCGACGUUUGUUUUUUGGACAAAAUUGCGCCGCUAACGGAGCCGAGCCGGCGUUCUAGUGUGGUGACGAUAUCGUCCGAACUCCAGCUGAAGGAUAUUCUGUACGAGGUCGACGUUGCUGCUGACAAAAUUGCUCCAUUAAAGGAAAACGUGUCGGAGUACGGCGGUGGAGCGAGGGUAGUUUGGGCCAUGUCGGCGGGUGACAGGGAGUCGGAGGCGCAAGCCAAGAAGGGGGAAGAUGGACAGACUACUGAAGGGGGAAGUCGGGCUGCGAUAGCCUUGAAGGAGCACUGGUGUGUUAGCUUGAGGAUCGUUGAAUUCAUUCUGGCAGUGAUCGCCAUUGGUCUGCUGGUGGGUACGCAAUACGCUCCACAAGUUUUGCACUCCAAUAUUCGCCACAUUUCCUUGGUCUACUCUGCAUAUUCGAGUUACAUCAUCAUCACCGGUGUGCUGAUCCUAGCGCGGUUGUUGGGGGAGUCCGCGGCGUGGAAGACUUCGCUGGCCUUUUCAGCCGUGGGCGCCAUCUUGUUCAUCGCUUCGGCCGGAAUCAUUUUCUAUGACUGGCACAGGUCCUACUACGCGAAUGUUCGUCCCAACAAGGAGGCCUACGACCUCAUCUUAUCUUCAGGCGUCUUUGCCGUCAUCGACGCUGCAGUAUUCCUUAUUCACGCCUUCUUUACUUUUAGAAAAGAAUCUGAUUAUUAAUUAAUUAUGAAUACAUCAAAAUUCUUUUGCACCGUUUAAUAAUGUCCCACAAAAUUAUCUGACGCGGUGGCCAAAGCUGAAACUAACGCAAAGGAGGCAUAGAGUUACCGGCAGCGGUCGCCAUUUUAAAAUUAUAAAAAAAUAAAGCGCGACAACAGCGGGCCAGAUAGGUUUGUCUUACUUUUGCCCGUUUGAAAUUUAAAAUUGACAGUCAAAAUAAUAGGCAGCCAUAUUGGCCAUAUUAAAAACAACGUUCUGAAAUAUUUAUAAAUAAAAUUAUUACUUUUAAAUUAAGUUUAUUAUGCAAAAGAAUUUAUUAAUCAAUGUAUAUUUAUUUUAAAUUUAGUUUAACGAUUUAUUAAUAUGAUUUUUAUUUACUCCCAAAGCAUACGUUUGAAUGUAGGUGUGUAGGUGUAUUAUACGUAAUGAUCGGAUACUUUGUACAUAUUAUAAUAUUGUUUGAGUUGUCCUGGAGUGUAGCUUUGAUUAUUUUAAUUUUAUUUUAUUUAGAAUAUAAGUUUCUAAGAGUUGUCCAAUGACGCAGCUGUUUAUAUGAAUAAAAAAAUCAUUACUUUCGGCCGAGACAGUGCAAGUUAGAAAUGAAAAUUUUUCUAUAAGUACUUAGAAAAUAAGAUAAUUAUUAUUUUAUCUCAUAAUGGAAAUCGUAAUAAAUGGUAUAAGUUUUAUUAAUAAAAAUUAUUGUUAAUUUAUAUUUUUAGACAGGUAAGAUAAAGAAAUACUAAUACAUUCCCUUUCAAUAUCAAUGUUACCCACUUGAGUAAAUUGUAUUUAAAUGCAGUACUUAUUAAAUAUCAUUAUGAAUAUAAUCCACUAGGUAGAUUCCUGGAUAAAGAUCAUUGAGUUAUCUUUUAUAAAAAUAAUUAAUUUGAAUUUCUAAAUUCAUUUUUUUUUUCAAAACAAAAAAAAAGGACAAAUUGUAUAACAUUACUUUUUAAACGUUUUGUAACCAAGAACGAGAGAAACCACCGUUGGUAAUGUAGUGUAUAUAAUAUUAUGUAUGUAUAAUAAAACUAACUUACUAAUCUAUACCACAGUAUUUAAAUUUUUAAAGUAUUGUAAGUAAGCAGUAUUAUACAAAAACAUGUACCUAAUACCUAGUUCACCCCUAACGCGAACUUAAAAAAGUAUUGCUCCAUUUAGGGACGCAUUCGGCUUUUAUUACUUUUCAAACAUUCAGAAAUUCAGCAAAUAAACCACGAAAAUGUAUAAAAUAAAAUAAAGUAAUUUUUUGUUAUUUUGUUAUGUUAUUUUUAGAUUUUAAGUUAUACUUAAUUGAUUGAUGAUUGUAUAGGGAGGCCAAAGCAGUAAUCAGUAUCCGUCCAGUGGUAUUUAAGUUUUACUAUACUAUUUUCUUUUUAUCCAUCAAAUCUUCAAACGCUAUAUGUAUACAAUAACAAAACUAAUAAAUUUAUGUUUUUUUAUAUUUCUAAUUAUCUUGUUUUCUAUAUAUGUAGUCCUAGUAGUAGUAGAAGAUUUCGUAAUCUCAUUAAGUAUAAUUAAAUAAGUAUUUUAUAUAAAUACAUAGUAAUGUAUGUUAUACAAUUAAGUGCAUUAUAAUAUUGUAAGUGCCUAAUAUUGUACUUCACAGUUUAAAGUAGAACAAAAUAAAAAACGGAAAUGUAAAAAGAUAUUGAAGUGAAUAUUUAAUAACAAGAGUUGUUAACUGGAUUAUUUGUCAAUUUAAAAACAUCUGUGUAAUAGUUUAAAUACCUUAAUUACAUUUUUUAUUGCUUAACAUGUAAUCAGGCGCUAUUGUUACCUUAUAAGUAAUAUGCAUUUGGGGAGAGGUAUCCGCGUACCAUAAUAUUGAAUGUAUAUAAAUAAUAUAAAAUACGUAAAUGUUGUGACUCGGUUGUUUAUUUUUGUUUUUAUAAUAUGUUAUAUUACCAAUAAGUUAUUGCAAUGAGUAUUAUAAUAUUGCAUUGAGUGUAUGUUUUUUUAAGUAAAUAAAUAUAUUUGCACGAUA